GGCCCCUCCCGAGGAGGCCUGGCCGCAAGGGCGUCCGACCGGGCGCUUGCGGCCGAGGCUUGCGUCACGGGCCGGGAACUUCUCGGGUCCCGGUAGCCAGCAGAGGCUGGGCCGGGUUCCGCCCGGGGCCCAGUGCGGGGGCCGCGGGGCGGAUCUGGGGCCUGCCUGAACUGAGCUCGCCCUUUCGGAGGACACAGCGAACACUUUGCGGCCCCAGAAGCGACUGGAAAGAAGCCCCAGUUGUUUCCGAGCCAGCUACAAACCUUCAGAUUUUCCGUGGUCUCCAGAUAGCAGACCCUACAUUAGCUGAAAUGGGAAAAAACUUGAAGGAGGCCAUGAAGAUGCUAGAGGACAGUCAGAGUAGAAGAACAGAGGAGGAAAAUGAAAAGAAGCUCAUUUCAGGGGAUAUUCCAGGGCCACUCCAAGGCAGUGGACAGGAUAUGGUGAGCAUCCUCCAAUUAGUUCAGAAUCUGAUGCAUGGAGAUGAAGAUGAGGAGCCCCCGAGUGCCCGAAUCCAGAAUAUUGGAGAACAAGGUCAUAUAGCUUUGUUGGGACAUAGUCUGGGAGCUUAUAUUUCAACUCUGGACAAAGAGAAACUGAGGAAACUUACAACUAGGAUACUUUCAGACACUACUUUAUGGCUAUGCAGAAUUUUCAGAUAUGAAAAUGGCUGUGCUUAUUUCCAUGAAGAAGAAAGAGAAGGACUUGCCAAGAUCUGUAGGCUUGCCAUUCAUUCUCGUUAUGAAGACUUUGUAGUGGAUGGCUUCAACGUGUUGUGUAACAAGAAACCCAUUAUAUAUCUCAGUGCCGCUGCUAGGCCUGGCCUGGGCCAGUACCUUUGUAACCAGCUCGGCUUGCCUUUCCCCUGCUUGUGUCGUGUGCCCUGUAACACUAUGUUUGGAUCCCAGCAUCAGAUGGAUGUUGCCUUCCUGGAGAAACUGAUUAAAGAUGAUAUAGAACAAGGAAAACUGCCUCUGUUGCUUGUUGCAAAUGCUGGAACUGCAGCCGUAGGGCACACGGAUAAGAUUGGGCGUUUGAAAGAACUGUGUGAGCAGUAUGGCGUGUGGCUGCACGUGGAGGGUGUGAAUCUGGCAACAUUGGCUCUAGGUUAUGUCUCCUCAUCAGUGCUGGCCGCAACCAAGUGUGACAGCAUGACGCUGACUCCGGGCCCAUGGCUGGGUCUGCCUGCUGUCCCUGCAGUCACCCUGUAUAAACAUGACGACCCUGCCUUGACUUUAGUUGCCGGUCUUACAUCAAAUAAGCCAGCAGACAAACUCCGUGCCCUGCCACUUUGGUUAUCUUUACAAUAUUUGGGACUUGAUGGGAUUGUGGAGAGAAUUAAGCAUGCCUGUCAGCUGAGUCAACGAUUGCAAGAAAGUUUGAAGAAAGUGAACCACAUCAAAAUCUUGGUGGAAGAUGAACUCAGUUCUCCAGUAGUGGUAUUCAGAUUUUUCCAGGAAUUACCAGGCUCAGAUCCAGGGCUUAAAGCUGCCUCUGUCCCCAGCAUGGCUCCCUCCACAGUUGGCCGAGAGAGACACUCAUGUGGUGCACUGAAUCGCUGGCUGGGAGAAGAGCUGAAACAGCUGGUGCCCACCAGCGGCCUCACUGUCGUGGACCUGGAGGUGGAGGGUGUGUGCAUGCGGUUCAGCCCUUUGCUGACAGCGGCUGUUUUAGGAACUCGGGGAGACGAUGUGGAUCAGCUCGUGGCCUGCAUACAGAGCAAGCUGCCAGUCCUGACUUGCACACUACAGUUGCGAGAGGAGUUCAAGCAGGAGGUGACAGGAACUGCAGGGCUCCUACAUGUGGAAGACCCUAACUGGCCCGGCAUAGGAGCUGUCAGGUAUGAACAUGCUAAUGAUGAUAAGAGCAGUUUGAAAUUAGAUCCAGAAGGGGAAAAAAUCCAUGCUGGACUCCUGAAAAAGUUAAAUGAACUGGAAUCUGAGCUUACAUUUAAAAUGGGCCCUGAGUAUAAAAGCAUGAAGAGCUGUAUCUACAUUGGCAUGGCGACUGACGACCUAGAUGUUUCUGAACUGGUGGAGACCAUUGUAGUCACAGCCCGAGAAAUUGAGGAAAACUCAAGGCUUCUGGAAAACAUGACCGAAGUGGUCCGGAAAGGAAUUCAGGAAGCUCAGGUUCAGCUGCAGAGGGCAAAUGAGGAGCGCCUUAUGGAAGAGGGGGUGUUGCGGCAGAUCCCUGUGGUGGGAACUGUGCUGAAUUGGUUUUCUCCAGUACAAGCUUCACAGAAGGGAAGAACUUUCAACCUAACAGCAGGCUCUCUCGAGUCCACAGAACACACAUAUGUCUACAAAGCACAAGGAACAGGAGUAACUCCGCCUCAGACCCCCUCAGGCACUCGAGCUAAACAGAGACUCCCAGGCCAGAAGCCUUUUAGAAGGUCCCUGAGAGGUUCCGAUGCUCUAAGUGAGACGAGCUCAGUCAGCCACAUUGAAGACUUAGAAAAGAUGGAGCACCUGUCCGGCGGGCUGGAGCAAAAUGCCUUGGAGGCCGACAGCCCAGAGCGGCCCCCAGGGGCUUCCCCCACUCAGGAAACCGAGCAGAUGGGGGCCCCCCAGAAGCAGGCCCAGCGCACAGAUGAUGGCCACACGCAGAUAGAAGAACUUGACAGCUUAAGAUAAAAUUCAGUGUUUGGUUGGAGACUGUACUGAAUGUUGUUUCAGGGAAGAUGAAGUUUAUAGUUUAUACUGCAAGUGCAAACUGUGCCACAUGCUACUUCAUACAAAAGAAGUUUUGUUGUUCGUGCUUACCUAGCGUUUUCAUACAGAUGUGUGCCUGGAAGCCAGGCUUUCUAGGAGGGAUGUUGACUUGUCUAACUUUCUGGGUAUGUAGAACCAACUUGUUUCUGUCACCCAGCUAUAGAAAUACCAUUCCCCCCAAGUUACCAUGAACACUUUUUACUCACAAAGAACACUUAGAAUUUCAAGCGCUUGCCACUUGAAACAUUUGCUCUUAUCUUUCUAAACAUAGUGUAAGAAGUUAUUAGGGUGCACAUAGUAACUUUUUGCUAAGAAGUUUUCUUUAGAACUCUCCAGGUCCCUGCUGUUCUGGUGCAGAAGAGAGGCAGACCGCACUCUCUGCUGCCUACUGCAGUUGGCAGGGGGUUGAGCGUGUUGCAAUAUACAGCUGGAUUGUAUUUGGCUGGAAGGAGAGUGGGUUUCAGUGGGAUUGUAAAGAAGAGUGUCAGAAGUCCUCUCCUGCCAUCCCCAACUGCUGCUUUCCCUGGAGACAUAAGUAAGGACUGUGUCCAUUCAUGUCCACUGUGGCAGAUGAUCAAGCAAGUUAGCCUGGGCAGUGCUUCUGUCUGACAAGUCCAUCUCGCCCUUUAUAUACUAUUUGCAAACAAAGGACUCCCGUAUUAAGAGUAACUUUAAAGGCUCUUGACUAUAUAUAUAU